GGCGCUGCGGCGGGGCCGCGCCUGGCAGCGGCGGGGAGGCAGCGCCGCCGCUCCCGCUCCGCUCCCGCUGCCGCUCCGCAACUUUCGGGCAAACACCGCCCCCUCGCCCUCGUCCCCCCGCCGGCGGCUGUAUUGUUGCAGCAUAAGAACAAAGUGAGCAGCUGCACCUUCACCAAAGCAACCACCUGCGUUCCUCCUCUCCUCUGGAAUGGACAAUGGGAGUGUCUCUGGCUUUAUCAUGAUCAAAAACUUCUUCCUCUUCUGCAUUUCCAUGAGUUUAGCCAGCCACUUCGGCUUCUCACAAACGCCAACAGCAUCGGGAAAAGAGGACGCCAAUGAUAACAUCACUAUAUUCACCAGGAUCUUGGACGGUCUGCUGGAUGGCUACGACAACCGACUGCGCCCGGGACUGGGAGAGAGAAUAACUCAGGUGAAAACAGACAUCUAUGUUACCAGUUUUGGUCCUGUGUCAGACACCGAAAUGGAAUACACCAUUGAUGUUUUUUUCCGACAAAGCUGGAAAGAUGAAAGGCUGCGAUUCAAAGGACCUAUGCAACGCCUCCCUCUCAACAACCUGCUUGCUAGCAAGAUUUGGACCCCAGACACUUUUUUCCACAAUGGCAAGAAGUCUAUUGCUCACAACAUGACAACCCCAAACAAACUUCUGCGCCUGGAGGAUGAUGGCACUCUGCUGUACACUAUGAGAUUGACCAUCUCUGCUGAAUGUCCCAUGCAGCUUGAAGAUUUCCCCAUGGAUGCACAUGCUUGCCCAUUAAAAUUUGGAAGCUAUGCUUACCCCAAUUCUGAGGUGAUCUAUGUUUGGACUAAUAGCACCACAACAUCUGUGGUGGUGGCCGAAGAUGGCUCACGGCUUAACCAGUACCACCUGAUGGGACAAACUGUAGGAACUGAAAAUAUCAGUACCAGUACAGGCGAAUAUACUAUUAUGACAGCCCAUUUUCAUCUGAAAAGAAAGAUUGGUUAUUUUGUCAUCCAGACGUACCUGCCUUGCAUUAUGACUGUGAUCUUAUCGCAAGUGUCAUUUUGGCUAAACAGAGAAUCUGUCCCUGCUAGGACUGUCUUUGGAGUAACAACAGUUCUUACCAUGACCACCUUAAGUAUCAGUGCCCGUAACUCUUUGCCAAAAGUGGCCUACGCUACUGCAAUGGACUGGUUUAUAGCUGUCUGUUAUGCCUUUGUAUUUUCUGCAUUGAUUGAAUUUGCAACAGUCAACUAUUUCACCAAGAGGAGUUGGGCAUGGGAUGGCAAAAAAGCCCUGGAAGCUGCUAAAAUCAAGAAAAGGUUGGGCAGUAAAUCAACCAAUACUUACAGCACUGGGAAGCUGACCCCUGCACCAAACAUGCCAAAGGACUCAGCCCCGUCUGUCAUCUCGAACACUGUAUCUGCUUCAGUGAAAUCCACAGAAGAAAAACCUGCUGAAAGCAAAAAGACUUACAACAGCAUCAGUAAGAUUGACAAAAUGUCACGGAUAAUUUUUCCAGUGCUGUUUGGAACUUUUAACUUAGUUUACUGGGCCACAUAUUUGAAUAGGGAGCCUGUUAUUAAAGGUGCCAAUUCUCCAAAAUAAACUGAAGGACUCUAAAGCCACAUGUGAGCCAUACUUACAAAGCAGAUGCUACCAAGGAAAAUUUGAGAUCCAGUCGACUUUCUACAUUUGGGCAAUAUUCUUCAGGAAGUUUUUUGCAUGUUUAAUAAUAUGUACAAAUAAUAUUGCCUUGAUUGUUUCUACAUGUAACCUCAGAUGUUUCGGAGACGGUUAUAUUACUUACAGCAACAGAUCUUUAUAAAGAUCAGAAGACAUUGAACAUGGCUUCUUUGCUGCUGAGUAUCUUGCAUUGAUAGUUUACAAAUAAAUAAGUUAUAUUUUUUAACUGUUCAAGUGUACUACAUAUCGUGGUUUUUAUACUUCAGAUGUACAGUCAUACAAAUAUAGGCUUAACCUAUAUUUUACAGAAGAGCUCCACUAUUGUCAUCUGAUAAGUUACUGAGUAACGCCAGUUGUAAAUGUGCCAAAUUAUUAAGUGUGGGGCUAUGUUUGAGCACCUUUACUGGUGAUAGGUAGUGCAUUACUCCACAGAUAAAACUGCUCAGCCCAAUCUUCAUUGGAAGUUAACACAGUGCAGUAAAUCCUGAUGGGGCUAUGCUGAUUAUCACUGCUUGAUCCUCCAGCUUGCAGUGAAGUAACAUAGGGAGCAGGAUGCUACUUGUGUAAAUAAAGGUGGUGGAAUCUUGCCCUUAAAAGAAAAUAUGAAGUUCGUUUGGAUUUUGCAUUCCAAGGAAUUUUCGAUGGUUCUCAGUAUUUAUUCCAAAAAUUAGAGACAUAUUGCAUGAAAUCAACAUAGAUUAGGAACAUACUUGUGCAAAUAAAACUUCUAACAACAGCAGUAGACAUUUUUAUUAGGGUGAAGUAAAUAAUCUUUGGACAUUUUCCCAAGAAGAAGAUUGCCUUAUAUCAACAGAGAUAAACAGUAAAGAAUUACAGUAAUUCUACAAUAAUUAUUACUUGUUUCCCACAGUGAAAACGUAUCAGCCAACACUAAGAAGUGUGAUCAAAAAGAUGUGCUUCAUGACAGCAAGGUGUUUCAGUGACAAUAUUGAUAGAAAGGUCUUUGUACUGUCCAUCUGAAACUUUUCUAUAAAACGCCUUGCUGCUGCCAAUGUGUUUUGCUUUCACAAUGAAUGAGAAAAUGCAAUCUGAGUUUUCAGCUCUUGCCUCUUUGGCAUCCUUUCCUUGUUCCAGAAGCUUUUGUAAUUUAAUCUUAAUGUUUAAAUAAAAAAUGCAUUCAACAUU